GCCACAGCAACGCGUGGCCGGGCACAGCUAGUAUAAUAUAAGAUAGUAUAAUACCAUGUAAUAAUACUAUAUAACCAUGCUUUCUGACUCGGUUCCCGCGCCUGGCCAGGAGAGGGCGCCAAAGCUUCCUCUCUGUCCCUUCUAGGGAUGCAAGGAGGCCACAGAGAGGGAGCUGCAGCCUGGGAAAGCAGGAAAUACAUUUUAUUUUAUUUUCUCCAACUUUUUUCCUGCAAAGUGGUGGUGGACCUGGCCUCCUCGGACCUGGAGGCCUUGGCCCAGCGGUGCUCCCUGUCCUUCAAGGGCCUGUCCUCGUCCCGGCGCCUGCUCCUGGCCCGCUUCUCCUCCUUCCCGGCCAACGGGACCGACCUCUUCGAGGAGCUCCACAAGGGCGGCGCCAUCCUCCCCACCGGGACGCCCAGGUCAGGACCACGGAGGGACCCAGGGAGGGAUGGACCUCUGCCGGGAGGGGUCGCGCCGAAGCCUGGACCGGCUUCUCGACACCGGAUUGUACACCGGGGAGAUCACCGAGUUCGUGGGAGCGCCCGGGUCGGGGAAGACCCAGACGUGCCUGGAAAUUGCAGCGCACACGGCCCUGGUCUUGAAGCAAGCGGUGCUCUACGUGGACUCCUCGGGGGGCUUCUCGGCGGCCCGCCUGCUCCAGAUUUUGGGCCGCAUGACCGCCAGCCAAGAGGAGCAGACAGAGGCCCUGCGCCGGGUCCACGUCAUGCGUGUCUUCGAGGCCUACAAGAUGCUGGACGUCCUGCAGGACCUUCGGAGCAGCCUGGCCCAGCAGGCCCUGAGUGGCGGUGGUGGGUCGGCCAAGGUGCUGGUUCUGGAUUCGGCCUGGGCGCUCCUCUCCCCGGUCCUGGGGGGCCGGUCGCCCGAUGGCCUGGCCCUCAUGAGCCACUUGGCCUUGGAGAUGAAGACCCUGGCCAAGGACUUCGGGGUGGCCCUGGUGCUGACCAACGCCGUGACCAGAGACCCGUCCGGCGGCCGUCCGAGGGCUGCCCUGGGCCGCUCCUGGGCCUCUGUGCCCCACACGCGGGUCCUGCUGGAAAAGGACGGGCCGGGAAACGGCCGGAGGGGCCGGAGGGCCUCCUUGGUGAAGUCUCCUCGACAGGUUUUGGAUUUGCCUGUGAUGAAAGCCCAAGGUUUGAGAAGUAAUAGAAAUAUUGUAAAAAUUGUUUUAAUAAUCUGUACACAUAAUAAAAGUGAAAAUAGGUAAACAAAAAUAAAGUUAUUAUUACUGAUUAUUAUUAUUAUUAAAGUUAUUGUUGUAUUGUUAUAUAUAUGAUAUAUAACAUAUAACAUAAUAUACUAUAUUAUAUGUUAUUAUAUAUAUAUAUAUAUAUAUAUAUAUAUAUAUAUAUAUAUAUGAAUGAUAUAUAUGGUAUUGUUAUAUAUAUGAAUGAGGUUUUGGAUUUGCCUGCGAUGAAAGCCCAAGGUUUGAGAAAUAAUAGAAAUAUUGUAAAAAUGGUUUUAAUCAUCUGUACACAUAAUAAGUGAAAAUAUGUAUACAAAAAUAAAGUUAUUAUUACUGUUAUUAUUAUUAAAAUUAUUGUUGUAUUGUUGUUAUUAUUAUGUUGAUGGGGAAAGUUUGAGAAGUAACAUAAAUAUUGUAAAAAUUGUUUUAAUAAUCUAUACACAUAAUAAAAGUGAAAAUAGGUAUAAAAAAAUAAAGUUAUUACUGUUAUUAUUAUUAUUAAAGUUAUUAUUACUGUUAGUAUUAUGAUUAAAGUUAUUAUUACUGUUAUGAUUAAAGUUAUUGUAUCGUUAUUAUUAUUAUUAUCAUUAUGUGGAUGGGGAAAGUUUGAGAAUAGAAAUAUUGUAAAAAUUGUUUUAAUAAUCUAUACACAUAAUAAAAGUGAAAGUAUUUUUGUAAUAAAAGUGAAAAUAUGUAUACAAAAAUAAAAUUAUUAUUAUUAUUACUGUUAUUAUUAUUAUGUGGAUGGGGAAAGUUUGAGAAGUAAUAGAAAUAUUGUAAAUAUUGUUUUAAUAAUCUAUACACAUAAUAAAAGUGAAAAUAUGUAUUACAAUUAUUAUUAUUACUGUUAUUAUUAUUAUGUGGAUGGGGAUAAUUUGAGAAGUAAUAUAAAUAUUGUAAAAAUUGUUUUCAUAAGUUAUUAUUACUAUUAUUAUUAUUAUUAUUAUUAUUAAAGUUAUUGUUGUAUUGGUUUGAGAAGUGAUAGAAAUAUUGUAAAAAUUGUUUUAAUAAUCUAUACACAUAAUAAAAGUGAAAAUAUGUAUACAAAAAUAAAAUUAUUACUGUUAUUAUUAUUAUUAUUAUUAUUAUUAUUAUUAUUAUUAUUAUUAUUAUUAUUAUUAUUAUUAUGUGGAUGGGGAAAGUUUGAGAAGUAAUAGAAAUAUUGUAAAAAUUGUUUUCAUAAGUUAUUAUUACUAUUAUUAUUAUUAAAGUUAUUGUUGUAUUGGUUUGGGAGGUGAUAGAAAUAUGGUAAAAAUUGUUUUCAUAAUCUAUACACAUAAUAAAAGUGAAAAUAUGUAUACAAAAAUAAAGUUAUUAUUAUUA